AAAUAAUGUCUUGCGCUUGGAGUUAAUAAGACCCCUGUAGCUGUUCGGCAUCUACUCAGUUCAUAGUUUUAUCCGCAGGCGAACAGACCUGCAGUCCGCCAAUUUAUAGUUAUAGUGCGAUUUCGGUGCUACUCGAAGCCCACACUCAAAGGUUUCUACAAAAUGCAUAUCCUUAGUCUAUCUGUGAUGGUGGUGGUUCUGCCGGCCAUCGCCUUGGCAGGUCUCUGUGAUGUUGCGCCCGACGCCAACCUUCUGGAUCAGCGGUUAAACCUCUACAAGGGCCAACAGAACUUCGCAGUGUCCAUGCUGGAUGCGAUCCGUCAGAGCACUCCCAACGAGAACGUCUUCUUCUCGCCGUACAGCACCUACCACGCGAUGCUCCUUGCCUAUUUCGGAUCCACCGGAGAGACGGAGAAGGAGCUGGCCAAGGUGCUGCAUCUGGAUUGGGCUGACUCAAAGGAGGUGGUGCGCAGCGCCUUUGUCCUGGAGAAGAAGAACCGCAAGGAGCGACAGAGCAAUAUGCCUUUGGAGUUCUCCUCAGCAGACCGCAUUUUCUUCGCCAAUGAUCUCCAUCUGACCGACUGUGCACAGACGCGCCUGGCCGAGGAAAUCAGGCAGCUGGACUUUAAGAACCAACCCGAGGAGUCGCGCAAGGAGAUCAACGACUGGAUUGCCAAGGAAACCCAUGACCAAAUACGCAACAUGCUCAGUGCCGAUGAGAUCACUCCGCGCACUCGGUUGGUCCUGGCCAACGCCGCUUAUCUGAAGGGUCAGUGGCUCAGCCAGUUCAAGACGGAGAAGACAGCUCCAAUGCCCUUCUACACCUCCCCCUCAAACUUCUCGCUGGUGUCCAUGAUGCAGCAGAAGGGCACGUUCCUACUGAACGUCGACGAGCAGCUCCGCGCCCACGUCUUGCAGCUUCCCUACCGCACUGUCUUCGAGUCGCAGGAGAAGGAGGACAGCUUGCCAGAUGAGAACUCGGACAUCUCCAUGGUGCUCAUCUUGCCGCCAUUCAACAGCAAUUCUCUGGAAGAUGUGCUUUCCCGGCUGAAUGCCGACAGCCUGGAUGAGUCGCUCAAGCAGGCCAUGCCCCGCGAAAUUGAAGUGUCGCUGCCCAAGUUCGAGUUCGAGCAGCGCCUGGAAUUGAACCCUAUCCUUGCCAAAAUGGGAAUCAAGAAAAUGUUUGACCAGUCCACCGCCACCUUUGACGAUCUGACCUCCGAGACGAUCUCCAUCGGUGACUCCAAGCACGUGGCCAAGAUCAAGGUGGACGAGGAGGGCAGCACUGCGGCGGCGGCCACAGUCCUCUUCACAUACCGCUCGGCCAGGCCCGUGGAACCCGCCAAGUUCGAGUGCAAUCAUCCGUUCCUGUUCGUCAUCUACGAUCGGACCUCCAGAGCAAUUCUCUUUACGGGCAUCUAUCGCGAUCCCAAAACAGUUAAGCAGUAAAUGAGAGGUUUUGCGUCUUCGCAAUUAACCUAACCAAAUUAUUUUUCGACUGUUAAUGAAACUGUAAACUUUAUAACAUACUUUAACGAUAAUAAAUUAUGCCUAUAACAAGAAAA